GGGAGCAGUGAAACCCCAGUUUCAAAAUUCGCUUUUUCUGUUUACUAGGAAAUAUAAGCCUAGUAUUGUAGUGAUUCUAGAACCUCGGUGUAGUGGUCAAAAAGCUUCUGACAUUAUCCGAAAAUCUGGGUUUAAGCAUGCUUUUGUUCAAGAGGCAGAAGGUUACUCAGGGGGUAUUUGGAUCCUCUGGAAUGAUGAGACUGGUCUCGUUGAAAUUAUUAAUCACACAAAACAGUUUGUUCAUUUUAAAGUUCAGAAUUUUCAUGUUCCUUCCUUUUCUUGCACGGCAGUUUAUGCGAGUCCUAGGGAAGAAAAUAGAAAGGAGCUAUGGGAUGAUCUGCUAAACAUUAGUCUCCAUUGUAAUGGGUCGUGGUUGGUGGCUGGGGAUUUUAAUGAAAUACUGCUGGAUCUUGGAGGACCAGGUCCUUGGUUUACAUGGAAGGGUCCGAAGUUUCUUCAUCUUGAUCGUGUUUUUAAGAGGCUGGACCGAGCCUGUGCUAAUGCAAGUUGGAAGACUACCUUUACUGAUGCUGGCGUUAAGGUACUUCCACGGAUUUAUUCUGAUCAUAGUCCCAUUUUGGUCUACUUGUCUAACUUGGACACAGGUUGGAAAAAUCGUCCCUUUCGCUUUGAGAUUGCUUGGAUGGAGCAUUAUAACUUUACUCAGUUUCUGGCUAGGAGCUGGAAUGUUGUGAAAGACACUAGAACGAAUCUGCAUGAUCUGACUCCAAAUUUAAAAAGAUGGAACAAGAUAGUCUUUGGCAACAUUUUCAAUAGGAAGACUAACCUAUUGCAUAGUAUUGCAGAAAUUCAGAAUCAUGUUGAUUAUCAUACCAACUUAUCUCUCCAAUCUAGAGAAAAGGAGGUUAGGAAGGACCUUGAUGCGGUUCUCAUACAAGAAGAGAUCUUAUGGUUUCAAAAAGCCAGGGCUACUCCUGAAAAAGUAGAAAGUAAGGAAUUCAAGUGGGAGAAGAAGAAAGAUCAGGAGAGACAAGACAAGCCCUUAGAUCUCUCACCUUAUGCUCGAAUUCCUUAUCCACAAAAACUUAAGCAAGUGAUUCAAAGGCAACAGUAUUCAAAGUUUCUAGAUAUUUUCAAGAAGUUGCAUAUCAAUAUACCAUUUGUUGAAGCCUUGGAGAACAUGCCCAAUUACGCGAAGUUCUUGAAAGAUCUACUAUUAAGGAAGCGUAAGUUGCGGGAAUAUGAGACGGUCGUGGUAACACGCGUAGGCUAUGAACGUUCACAUGGACACCUGGCUACAGUUACCGAAGUCACCAAUUUAAAGAAGGAAUCAGCAUCUGCAGCUUUGGAAUUACGAUGGGAAAAUGUCAGAAAGAAUAUACGCUUUGAAGAUAGUUCAAAAUUCCCCAUAUUCGCUUUCAGUUGGUGGGAUGAUAAGGGCACAUUCCUAGCCGGUGACACAGCAACCGUUAAGGUCAAAGUACUUGAGAAUGCUGAUAAGAUUGACAAAAAUGCUUUUGAUCCCAUACUCACUGUGAAUGGAAAGCCAGGGAACAGUUCCUAUGUCUCCACUGUGUUGUCAGAUUUCCAAGGAGACUCAAAUAAUUGGAAGAUUUCCUUCACCCCCAUUAGGGUUGGAUUGUUUAAUGUACUCAUCAAUGAGGACCGUUACAAAGUUUAUGAUUCAUCCUUGCAUUUCCAAGUUGAGCCAGGGAACAUGUACCCGUCUGUGUGUGUUGCAUCAUGGAAGGGCCUGAAAUAUGAGUUUGUAGCUGGUUCAAAAGCUACAAUUAUGGUGCUCCUUAAAGAUGCAUUUGGGAACAGUAUCUCUAAAACCACUCAAGUGUCCUAUUUGCCUGAUUUUAAUUUGUUUGUGCUACAUGAGAAUGGUUCUAUUGCAAAUGUGCCAGAUAUCUCCAACAUGGGAUGGAAUGAGUUUGAUUAUAUAGUCAUUGAGUUUGUUGUGACAAAAGCUGGAAACUUCUCCUUGCGCAUAGAAGGAGGAAAUCAAACCUUGAAUGGUUCUCCAUUACCAUUGAAGGUGAAUCCAGGAGCUAUAGAUGUCUCUAACUGUGUCGCCAAGUGGAACAUUGAACCACAUGCAUGCCAAUUGGCAUCGAAGAUGGAAAUCUUUAUACAUCAGUUAGAUCAAUAUGGAAAUCUGGUUUCUGGACUGUAUCCAUUUGAUGCUGAAGUUGUUGAAAGAGAUACAAACUUGUCAAUACCAAUAGCUGAUCUUCAUUUUGAGGAAGUGGAUGCUGGAAUUCAGUUGUUUUCUUUUAGCAAUUCGGAACCAGGGAACUUCCUGUUGACAAUAUAUGAUACCAAGCAUAAUAAAAGCAUUUCCAAUAUGCCAUAUGAUUACACUGUUUUUGUAGGUUAUUGUGAUGGGGUGAAAAGUGUUAUUAAUGGAUCGGGUUUAAAUGAUUCAGUGGCUGGGGUAAAGGCAGAAUUUUCUGUUUAUUUGAAUGACAUCUACCAAUAUCCUUCACCAGUUGAAACAGACAUACUUCAAGUACAAAUCUUAAGAGAAAAUGACUCCUAUAGUGUUUCGCCAAUCAUAUAUCCUAUGCUAAACAAAAAUGGAAUGAGAUAUGAUGGUAUCAAUCACAUGGAAACCGCCCCGUCACCUUCAAUAGAGAUGAGCAACAACUCUAAUGGGAGCGGGAGCCCUGUAAUGGCCAGUGCUUUUCAUGUGGAUUACACACCAGAAAAAAGUGGUUUUUAUAAUAUUAAUGUAUAUUGUGGAAACAUAUUAUUGAACGAGGGCCAUUUAUUCAGAAAAGAGGUAAAAGCAGGUGAAGUAAAUAUUUCCUUGUCAAGUGUUGUGAGAUUUUCUUCAAAGGUGCCAAAGCUGUUGAAAAAUGAAUUAAUAGUGCAGCUUAUGGAUUCAUACUUAAAUCCUGUCCUCUCGCAACAAUCAAGGUUGAAAUUGGAGAUUGCUUCAAUUAAUAAUUCUGGGUUUUCAACUUGGGACAUUGUGGAUAAUAAGGAUGGGUCAUACAGCUGCAACUAUAUGGCUAAAGAUGUUGGCACUUACGAGAUUUGUGCUUCGUUUGAUGGCAAGCGUUUCUUGCCAUGUCCCCUCAGUAUCAAUGUGUACAGCAGUGAAUAUUUUCCCAAAGCCAACAAUGAUACAGUAUCAAUUUGGGAGGAUGAAUCUAUUGCCAUUGAUGCCUUGGCAAAUGAUUAUUUUGCGGGUGAUAAUGCAAGUAUAGUUGAAUUCUCAAAAUCAGAUCAUGGUUCACUUAUACAGAACGGAAGGAUCUUUCGUUACACUCCCUAUAAAGAUUAUUAUGGAAAUGAUUCUUUUUGGUAUACAAUAUCUGAUAUAAAUGGAAAUCUUGCUACUGCUUCCGUAUACAUAUCUGUUCUCAAUGUUCCACCUCAGUUUGCUUCUGUUCCAAGUCAGCUGCAAGCAACAGAAGAUUUGAUAAGUCCUAGAUUUGGUGGUUUCACUGGGUUUGAGAUAACUUAUUCAAAUCCAAUGGAGAAUAUUUCUGUCAAUCUGAGUGCCCAAUCUGGAAGUAUACUUCUGUCUCCUAUGGUGAUGCAAUUUGGGCAAAAAAUGUGGAGUGAACUUACAAUUAUUAGAGGAAAUGAAACAGCAACUAGUUUACUACUAGAAGGAUCAGUGGAAGUAAUCAAUUUUGCGCUUCAAUCAAUUCAGUAUAUGGGAAAUGAGAAUUUUUAUGGUGGAGAUACCAUUAAAGUCUCUGCAAAGAAUAAGAAUGGAGUAAAUUCAUUGGGCGUUCCAAUUUUUGUUGACCCUAUCAAUGACACUCCAAUUAUUAGAGCCCCUUACUUCAUCAUAUUGAGGAGUAAUGAAGAUGAGACCGUGAUCUUUGAGAAAGAGAAAGACAAGUUUGACUUUUUCAUUGGAGAUCCUGACCUUCUUAACUUCCCUGGUGGUGAGGCUCAUUUUCUGGUGGCUUUCUCUAUGGAAGUAAAUGAUGGAUUAUUAGUCACAAAUCUCCCAGCUCAUUUGAUCAAUACAACUGAACUGAAGCACGGGAAUAAUUAUCAGUGGCAGCCUCUUCAGACAUAUGUUACUAUAUCAGAGCACUUUAUGGUCAAAGCUAAUGGAAUCAGAUUUCAGGGCACAGUCAAUGACUGCAAUAGUGUUAUGCAGCAACUUUUCUAUCAUGGAGGUGAGCAUGGAGCUGUUUUAACAUUGACAUUGAAUGACAUGGGAAACUAUGGGUGUUAUCCAGAUUGUGCAGAGGGAAUGUCAAUGCCAUUAUAUACUGAGGCUAUGAUUAAUUUAAUGAGAAAGCAGCCAAUGAGUUCAUUUCUUGCUCACACCUUAGGAUCAAUCAUUGUGAUUGAAUUUGUCAUCAUAUUCUCUCUUGGAGUUUUGCUUCUAUACUUCACGUGCAAAUGUGCAGUUCUUCUAGUACAUGAAAGAAGAAACCAUGAGAAAAGGUCUUCAGAGCUAUCUACUGUGCAAAGUUCCCAGAGACAAACUUCAAGCAUGACCAUAUCUGAGAAUGCUACUUAUUUCACUGGUUGCUGUUCAAGGCCUUCCUUGCUUCGUUUUGGUAUGCAACCCUCCAACUUUCGCCAACGGUCCCGUCGUCAAUUUCAAGUUGGAGAAUCUAGCAAGGCAGUGAAUCAACCCUCUCCUUCAACAAGUGAAACCCAGUAUACAGUUGUGCCUACUUCUACACCACUUGCCAUUGAGAGAAACCAUAGCUCAAACUCAAACGUUUAA